UAUAUAUUUUAAUUUUCAGAAAAGACCCCUCCAGUAGAUUGAGGUUUUUUAAAUUAGUUAAGUUGUGGGGGUGAAUCUGAAUGUUUUUUGAAAUCAAAGGGCUCGUGUCUCUCGCUGAUCGCAUUUAAAAAGUUUAUUCUCAGAAUUUCAAAGUUUGAAUUUUUCGUCUUAUCUCUUACAGAGAGACACACUUUCAAAUAUCACUGGUUCUGGUUCGAUUUCUCUGUUCGAUCCCAUCUUCUUCGCGAAAUGGGUUGUUGUAUCAGCAAACAGGAGUCGUCAUCUCCUUCUCCACCUUCGAUUUCCCUCUCCAAUGGCGGCCCUUGUUCAGCGAAAGCCCCAGAUCUGAACAGAGUGGCCGUUAAAUCCUUGAAACAGGAGAUUGAGCCGUCUUCGGCGAAGCCUGGAGGCAGAGAAGAAAACCCCAAAAUCGAGAAAGAGAAACAAAACGAAGAAAUGCACGAAAACGGCAAUGCGAAGAAGGAGGUGUUCGUGAUUAAGCACCGGAAGAGCCACGAGAGGUCCAGGAAGACAGAUCCGGCGGAUUCGCCAGCUUCCGCGGCGGAGGAGAAGUCAGUAGAUUCGAACCCGAUCCCUCCGGCGGCAGCGGUCGUGAGGACUUCGAGCUGCACGAAGGAGGAAGUGGAUGCGAUACUGAUACAGUGUGGGAGACUCAGCCGGAGCAAUUCCUCCGCCGCCAAGGCGCGGAGGUAUUCCGGGACGAAGAGAAGCUUCGAUUUCGACCAGAACGAGCGUGGUCGCGGCGGCGAUGCGGAGGAGGCCGAUGCCGAGGACGCCGGAGAAGACGACGAAGAGCGGCGGAUUCACCGCCAUCGCCACCGCGGCUCCCCUUCCCCGCGCGAGAGGAGGAGACGAACUCCGAGCAGAGAGAGGGAAGAUUCCAAGAGUCACCGGUCGGGAAGUAGGGAGAGAGGGACCGGCGGAGGAAGCCGGCGGGUGAGCAGAUCUCCGGGAAGAAGAUCGGAGAUAAACCCUAUUCCUAAUCCCAAUAACGGCGGGACCAGUGGCAGCUCUGUAAAUUCGGGCAACAAUAGACCCGGAAAGUUAGUCUCCGUUCCAGCGACUGACAAGACAUCCUUGGCGAUGGACAAGAGCUACAACGGGGAACCGUCGAUUAAGCGGAUAACGGUGAAGAGGAACGUCGGAGAAGGUCCAAGAACCGCGGCAUCGCCGAGGUCGCAGUCGCCGUCGAGAGCUGCGGGAAACAAUCCUCAGCCUCCGGCGGCGGGGGCGGCACCGUCGCUCAGCCGGAGCUCCUCGAGGAAGGCGGAGCAUUCUCCGUAUAGGAGGAACCCACUGGGAGAGGUAGACCCGAAUUCUUUGGCUUGUCCUCCAUCAUCGAAAGGGGACAAGAUGGGUAACAAGAAGACGAUGAACAAAGACAACGAAGGUCAAGGAUCAGCCAAAGAAUCUGGAAACUUCGUGGGUCAGAAAUCGAAUACAAGAAUUGCUGGCCAAGUCACGAAUUGCAGAGCUGCGAGCCCGAGUCGAGUGACCAAACAGCGGCAAGAAACAGCAGAAGAGUGUAAGGUAACAUCUUCUGGUGUAGAACAGGCGAAACCACAAGCGGUAAGCAGAAGCAGAUCGUCGAGACAAUCUCGGGACUUCGAUUUCAGCCCCGAGGCAUUGCUAUCAAACAAUGGUGCAGGACCAGUGGCCUCCUCGUACACUGCAUUGCUACUGGAAGACAUUCAUAACUUCCACCAGAAGAGUGUCAAUGUCAAUGUCAAUGCGUUUACUCUCCCACCUUGUGUCACAAAGGCAUGCUCGAUCGUGGAAGCAGUGGCGGAUCUCAACUCCACAACAAACACUAGCCCCGUUGUCAGUGAUCAACACCAGAGGAACGAGUUCAAGUUCACGGCUUCUUCGGCCGUGGAGAAAGCCGAUCUAAUUGAGCCAAGCUUCGAGAAGUACGUGACAGUGAAGAGGGGCGGUUCAUUGGAGGAGGACAUGGACGAGCAAGAAUCAUCAGGCAGCAACAGCUUCACUGGAAGCAGCGGUCUGCUCCAGAGACAGGGAUUCUCGUCUUCUUCAUGGGAGCCCAAUUCAGCAGAUUCGACGGAUCGAUGGAGUUCGAGAUCGAACAACACGAAAGAACGCGACAGGAGUCCACUAGGGUUCGAGAGGAAGGAUGCGAAUUUGCAGAAGCAAGAAGGAUUUGAUCCAUUAAAGAAGGGCACUGGAAGGAGAAGGGGAGUUGUGGAUUCUUCUUCUUCUUCGGCCAAAACCGGUGUUCUUCAGGCAACUACCACUCGUGUUGCUGCUUCCAUGUAAUAAAAGAUUUGCUGUUGUUUUUCAUGUUCUUUCGCCAUGGUUGCUGUCUCGAAACCUGUGUUUUAUUUCUCCUGUAAUCUCUCCUCGAUCAUUUUAAUCGGAUAUUCCUUUUUCCAGUUAUAUAUUUUUUUUUCUCUUAA